AUGGCCACCCCGUCCCAACUCUUCAACCCAGUGGCCCAAACAACACUACUGGUAACUAUCUACAUUUCACCAACGGACCUCCCAGCCUUCCUGACCGCAAUGCGACCAUGCUGGCAAGCAUGCUCACGCGAGCCGGAAUGCAUCUUCUUCGACGUGCACCACUCAGCGAGCGAACCUGGGACGAUUCAACUCGUGGAGGUCUGGACAAAGGAUGAAAAGUGGUUUCAGGAGCAUCAGUUGACCAAGAGCUACUAUGAGCCGUACCUAAAGAUCACGGAGCCAAUGUGGGUCAAGCCUCGGAAGAUGGAGUACUUUGAGCGGUUGGGUGGGUGGUGUUAUGUGGAUGGGAAGUACUUGGAGGGUGUGCAGGUGACGUGA